GGUCGGUUGGAACGAGGGUGAUGAAAGGGCGGGACUUCCGUCGAGCGUGCGGGUGACCCUUGCGCGUCCUUCUGAGGCAGUGGAACGAAGCCUGAGCAAGGUCUGCAGCGAUGGGGUGGCAGGACGAGAAGGCGUUGGAAGGCCGCAGUGGCGACCCAAAGGAGGAAGAGGAGGAGGAGGAAGAACUUGUGGAUCCCUUAACUACUCUCAGGGAACAAUGUGAAAAAUCAGAAAAAUGUUUGAAAGUCCGGGAACGUUUAGAACAGUGUGAUGCUCGAGUGACCUCAAGGUCCCAUACAGAAGAGACCUGUACAGAGGAGCUUUUUGACUUCUUACAUGCGAGAGACCAUUGUGUGGCUCAUAAACUCUUCUCCAAAUUAAAAUAGAUGUUCAUGCAAGCCAAUCCUCUCCUCUUCUACACCUGAUGCAAAUCUGAACUUGUUCUGUUCAAGUAGAUGUGUUGCUAUGCAUUUGUGGCUUGAGAAGAAGGAACUAGCUAUCUAGGAAUUCUUAAGCAUUAGAGGUUGCCAUCAAAAUACUUCUAUGUUGUUUGGAAGAUUUGCAACACUUUACAAUGUUUCUGUAUCUUCCCAUAUUAAACAAAGUUCCUGUGAAAUGCUAAA